AUGCUGCGAUCAAGCAUUUGCUUAGUGAGGAAGAUGUUCCUGCCAUUCUAUUCCAAGGAACGCGGUCCACCCAAAAUCCGUCAGCAAGUGGUGGGAACGAAGGGGCGAAGGUUCUUCAAACUGGUGGCAUGCAACCAGCGAGAUCCGCAAAAUGGUAAGCACAUGGAGGUUUUGGGCAGCUAUGCCCCCAAGGUAAAGUCCAACAUCAAGGAGAUCCGCCUGCGCUUCUCGAGAGUCAAGUUCUGGAUUGGUGUGGGUGCACAGUUCAAUCCAGGAACGAGGCAGCUGCUGGCUUUGGCUGGGCUGAUUCCGACUCCACCUCCACUUUUCGGACAUCGAACCAAAGGCCACUACAAAGAGCUGCAGAAGGUUCUGGACCUGAGACAGGAAGCGCAUGAGGCCGCGGUGCAGGAAUACCAUAAGCAUUCCGGUGUCAAGGGUAUCCACGCUGCAGCCUCGAACUGCACAAAUUUGGAUCACGACAUUGCAGUAAGGAGUUUCAGUGAUGUCGGGAACUUUCCUGCCUGGCUGCUGCUCUUCUGCAGAGGUGAUCUGGAGCUUGAGUGUCUCGUUCACGGUUCCAGAUGUGAGGUUGCAAUAGCUGCAAGUCCUUGUGAGGAUGACGUGGUCGAACUGCUACACAUGCGACAGGUUCGGAUCGAUGCUUCCUCGAACAGCACGCAGAGGGAGGAUGCAGGUCAAGAUCAAGUGGACGCUGUCAGAGACGCUGUCAGAGCUGCCACACUGAGUGCGACAACACCGGAUGCCCUGCCACUCCUAGCUUCGCUCGGCACCUCGAAGCGGCCAGAG